AUGUCAUCUUACUACGAUAACGACUUGGUUGGCUAUUACAACGAAAGUGGUGUUUUUAAACCAUGGAUGAAUUCAGAUUACCGUUAUUCGUAUAGGGAUUCAAGACAAAUUGAUGAUGAUUCACGCUACGGUAAACGGAUUUAUAUUUACAGAGACUACACAACUACUCCUAGUUACUAUCGAAGAACGUAUUCACCAAGCUAUAAUUAUGUGUCUCCUCUACGUCGGUUUCGAUCAUAUAGUAGUCUGUCAGACUAUGGGAUGAACUCGCUUUAUGGCUAUUCAUAUUCACGUCCAGCUUCUCAGAUUCAAAGAGUAGAUAUAUAUGACGAUACUCGGUAUAGCAGAUAUUAUUAUUAG